AUGCUGUCCCCGUCUCGAUUAAAAACUCAAAUUCACCAAAUUCAACGGUUUCUGGUCACUUUAAGUGAUGUAUACUCGAAAAAAGUUAACGAAGGAGCUCUCAAAGAGGACGAUUUUCAGCGAAAAAUGAUUGUGGACUUCGAACGGUUGCGACAAGAAAUCGAGACGAACUCGAAAAAAACCAUCUCACCACGUGGAAUAUAUUUAUACGGAUCAGUUGGAUGUGGAAAGACAAUGUUGAUGGAUUUAUUCUUCGAAAAUUGUCCGAUAACCAAGAAACGACGAGUUCAUUUCAAUGAUUUCAUGCAGAAUGUUCAUAAAAGAAUGCACGAAUUAAAAAUGCAAAGUAACGAAGCUCGCGGAAAAUUCGAUCCAGUGCCAGUUAUCGUCGAUGAGAUUAUGGAAACGACGAAUUUAUUGUGUUUUGAUGAGUUUCAGGUAACCGAUAUCGCCGACGCCAUGAUUCUCAAAAGAUUCUUCUCAAUGUUAUUCGAACGUGGAUUGGUUAUGGUGGCCACUUCGAAUAGAGCGCCGUCGGAAUUAUAUAAAAAUGGAUUGCAGAGACAUCAAUUCUUGCCGUUUAUCACUAUUUUAGAAGAUAAAUGUGCCUCGCUUGCCCUGGAUUCUGGAAUGGACUACCGUCGGAGUGCUUCUGGAGAUCAGAAUCCUGUGUAUUUCUAUGGUGACGAUGCGAAUACUCAAUGCGAUGUUGCUUUCAAGACAUCUGCUGCUAAUGAAACUGAUAAUGUCCGCUCAAAAACGCUGGAAAUCCUCGGCCGUCGAGUCGUCGUCGAGAAAUGUUGUGGCGGUGUGGCGGAUGUAGAUUUCAAAGAAUUAUGUAUGACAGCGAAAGGAGCUGUCGACUAUUUAGUCUAUGCGAGAGUAUUCCAUACGGUUAUCGUUCGAAAUGUUCCAGUCAUGAAUCAGGAUCAAUGGAAUGCGAUGAGAAGAUUUAUUACAAUGAUUGACACGUUUUAUGAUCAGAAAGUCCGAGUGGUAAUCGGCGCCGCUGUGCCCCUCGACGAGCUCUUCCAAUUUGAGAGUCAUAAUGUUGCUCAUCAUGCUCUCAGUGACUCAAAACGUGCCCUCAUGGAUGAUUUGGGUAUUAAAUCUGAUCAUGAAGGAAUGAGUGCGAAUGUGUUCAGUGGUGACGAAGAGGCGUUCGCUUUCAGUAGGACGGUAUCCCGUUUGUACGAAAUGCAGACUGAAAAAUAUCGACGACAUCGGAGACCUUAUAACGCCACCGAAGGCUCCAUUUAG